UGCUCUCUCUCUCUCUCUCUCUUCCCUGCCUCUAUCAACGGCCACCGUUAUUAGCUGCAAUUUCAAGCUCACCGGAAACAGAAUCUGAUCCCGUUAACAACAUGAGAACAUGACGACGCCGAUGCAGCCUCCACCGCUUGGUCCGGGAUUUGUCAGAAAGCUUAUCGUUGAAGUAGUGGAAGCGCGCAAUCUCCUUCCCAAGGAUGGCCAGGGAAGCUCCAGCCCUUACGUCGUCGCUGACUUUGAUGGACACAGGAAAAGGACCAGUUCCCGGUACAAGGACCUUAACCCGGUUUGGAACGAGGUUCUUGAGUUCAUUGUAUCUGACCCCCAUAACAUGGAGUUCGAAGAGCUAAAUAUUGAGGUCAACAAUGACAAGAAGUUUGGAAAUGGAAGUGGCCGGAAAAAUCACUUCCUAGGCAGGGUGAGGCUGUACGGAACUCAAUUCUCCAGGAGAGGGGAUGAAGGUUUGGUGUACUAUACGCUGGAGAAGAGGAGCGUGUUUAAUUGGGUUAGGGGCGAAAUAGGCCUUAAGAUUUAUUACUAUGAUGAGAUGAUGGAGGAAGAAGGACCGCCUCCGCAGCCAGAGCAGGAGCCACAGCAGCAGCAAGCUCCAGAGCAUGAGGGUCCGGGCGUAGUAGUUGAGGAAGGAGGAGCGUUUGAGGUCCAAGGCCCGCCGGAGCAUUGCGUACCUGGAGUCCCUCAUUCACCGCAUGUUGUGGUUAUUGAAGAAUCGCCACCGCCGGUGGUCCAUGUACCGCAGGAUCAACCUAUGCCGGAAAUGGCAGGACAACCACCACCUGUAUCGGGAAUACCCCCUCCAGAGGUCCGAAGAAUGCAGUCAGGAAGAAUACCGGGAGGGGAGAGAGUUAGGAUUUUGAAAAGGCCCAAUGGAGAUUACUCGCCAAAAGUGAUCUCUAAAAAGCCCACCGGCGUCGAUUCUGAGAGAGUUCACCCCUAUGAGCUGGUGGAGCCGAUGCAAUACCUGUUUGUCAAAAUCGUCAAGGCUCGUGGGUUGGCCCCGAAUGAGAGUCCAUAUGUGAAGAUUCGAGGGUCAUCGGGUCCCUUGCUCACAUCAAAACCUGCGCAAUACCGUCCAAAUGAGCCCAAUGACUCGCCGGAGUGGAACCAGGUUUUCGCUCUCGGACACAAGGCUGACACAGCGAGCACGACAUUGGAGAUCUCGGUUUGGGAUUAUCCAACCGAGCAAUUUUUGGGCGGUGUUUGCUUUGAUCUCUCCGACGUACCUGUACGAGACCCUCCUGAUAGUCCAUUGGCUCCGCAAUGGUACCGCCUUGAAGGUGGUGCCGUAGAACAAAAUUCAGGCAGAGUUUCAGGUGAUAUUCAACUUGCCGUCUGGAUUGGUACACAAGCAGAUGAAGCAUUCCCGGAGGCAUGGAGCUCCGACGUACCAGACGUGGCAUACACACGCUCUAAAGUAUACCAGUCGCCUAAGCUUUGGUACUUGCGUGUGAACAUCAUUGAAGCUCAAGACCUCAACAUCCCUCCGAAUCUACCCCCAUUAACGGCGCCGGAGAUUCGAAUAAAAGUACAGUUAGGAUUCCAAAGCCAACGAACAAGGCGAGGGUGCAUGAACAACCACAGCCUAUCAAUCCAUUGGAACGAAGACCUGCUCUUUGUGGCCGGCGAGCCUCUCGAAGAAGAUCCCAUGAUCCUGCUAGUAGAAGACCGUACGACCAGGGAGGCCGCGAUCCUGGGACACAUCGUAAUCCCACUGACUUCCAUUGAGCAACGAAUCGACGAGCGCCACGUGGCUUCGAAAUGGUUCUCCCUUGAUGGUCUUAACGGGUGUGGCCCCUACAGCGGCCGAGUCCACCUGAGACUAUGCUUGGAAGGAGGCUAUCACGUGCUGGACGAAGCGGCACACGUAUGCAGUGACUUCCGGGCGACGGCGAAACAGCUGUGGAAGCCGCCCAUCGGAAUUCUUGAACUCGGAAUCUUAGGGGCGCGCAGUCUCAUUCCCAUGAAACCCAGACCAGGAGGAAAGGGGUCCACCGAUGCUUACUGUGUGGCUAAAUACGGGAAGAAAUGGGUUCGCACUCGAACCAUCACAGACAGCUUUGAUCCACGUUGGAACGAGCAGUACACGUGGCAAGUGUACGACCCAUGUACAGUUUUGACCAUCGGCGUCUUUGACAAUUGGCGAAUGUUUGUUGACGCAUCAGAAGAUAAACCUGACAAUCGCAUUGGGAAGGUUCGAAUACGAGUAUCUACUCUGGAGAGUAAUAAGGUGUACACAAGUUCAUAUCCUCUGUUGGUGUUAUCCCGAUGUGGGUUGAAGAAAAUCGGUGAGAUUGAGCUAGCAGUUCGUUUUGCCUGUCCUUCAUUGCUGCCUGAUACAUGUGCACUUUACGGGCAGCCAUUGUUUCCUAGAAUGCAUUAUCUUCGUCCCCUCGGCUUGGCUCAACAGGAGGCACUACGGGGAGCCGCCACAAAGAUGGUGGCGCAGUGGCUCUCGAAGGCGGAGCCACCGCUUGGGCACGAGGUGGUUCGGUACAUGUUGGAUGCGGACUCGCAAACUUGGAGCAUAAGGAAGAGCAAGGCCAAUUGGUGUCGGAUCGUGGCGGUUCUGGCUUGGGCCAUCGGGUUGGCAAAAUGGUUGGACGACAUCAGAAGGUGGAGGAAGCCGGUGACGACUGUUCUGGUCCAUAUUCUAUACCUGACCCAGGAUACCGGCUGGGAUGGAUACCCGAUUGUCACAAGCCGAAACAGUUGACCCGGAUGAGUUAGAUGAGGAAUUUGACACAAUGCCCAGUUCAAGGCCACCUGAUAUAGUUCAGGUGAGAUACGACAGGUUACGCAUGUUGGCUGCUCGGGUCCAAACUGUGUUGGGUGAUUUUGCAGCACAAGGGGAGAGGCUGCAAGCCUUGGUGAGUUGGAGGGAUCCAAGGGCCACGAAGAUAUUCAUUGCAAUGUGUCUGACAAUUACAGUGACAAUGUAUGUGGUUCCACCAAAAAUGGUGGCUGUGGCUUUAGGAUUUUACUACCUGCGACAUCCCAUGUUCAGGGACCCCAUGCCUUCUGCUUCCUUAAACUUUUUCAGGAGACUGCCAAGUCUGUCUGAUCGGCUGAUGUAGAUUGAUUCACAUUACCGUAGGUCUAUUUUUUCAUUUGCUUUUUUUGGGACAAUUUUUCAGACAUCAGAUUUUAAAUAUUGGGGAUGGAUGGUGGGAGUAGGGGUGAGACAACAAUGCAACCAUUUGGCCUUUAAAAAGUUGUCCCCAGUAAUAACAUUGCAUGGACAAUAAAGUGGGUGAUGAAACUCUGAGAGGAAAGUAGCUAGUUGUCAUCAUGUUCUUUUUGCUGUAAUGAACUACAUUUCCUGAUGACCACCAUUCAAAACUUGAAAUAAGAGAUGGGGUAUCGGCUCUUUGAUGGCGAGGAGAAUUUCCUGUCAUCAUGUUUGGGAAAGUAUAUACCUCUGGAUAUGUUGUUUAAGUUCAAUGUGCUUGCGGUUCUGAUAUUUUGCUUUCAUUUGUGAACUGUGGUUCUGAUAUUUUAAUGAUAUCUUGAAUU